UUCCGCCCCCCGGAAAGUGCUCUCCCGCUCAUCCCGACGCCCCAACAUUGCCAUGGAGGCCAUCGCCGAGCUCAGGGCCCAGCUCCACGCCCACCUCUCCUCCAUGUACGCCACGGGUGCCGUGGACGCGUAUUUCCAGCAGCUGCAGGAGCUGGACGAGGGCAGUGGAGGCACGGGCUACGUCGCCGAAGUCCUCAACAUCUUCCUCAAUGACGGCGACAGGAUCCUCAGGGACAUCGACGCCCUGCUGAACCAGCCCCUGCACGAGGUGGAGUUCUGCAAGGUGGACGCCCUGGUGCAGCAGCUCAAGGGGAGCAGCUCCACUGUUGGUGCAAAGAAAGUGAAUCUCGCUUGCAUGGACUUCCAAAAGUUCUACGUGGCAAAAAACAAAAAAGGAUGCCUCAUGACAUUGACUCUUCUUAAGGGUGAUUUCUGUGACGUGCGCAACAAGCUUCAGACUUUGAUGCAGCUGGAGCAGCAGAUCGCGUCCUUGGUUAGUAUGUGGUAGUAAUCAACGGAAAAAGAGCAUAACCUCGUGAGAUUCCAGGCACAAUGAUGUGUGUGUACCUCUGAAGUGGUUGUGUUGUGUUGGGCUUUGGUCGAGCACACGGAGUCACAUGGCAAUUCUUGCUUCGGAAGUUGGGGCUCACGAACACCCCACGAAUUGAACUUGUUGUCUUUUCUAUCGACUUAUGUGUCUGUCAACUCUAUAUACCUUUGUGUCAUGAAUGGCCCAUAGGUCGUGUGUAAACUCUAUACCUAGCUUGUUGUUUGGUUGGUGGGUGGUGACUAGGUUU